AUGAAAUUAGUUAAUAGCAAGAAAUCGAUUAUAAAGUAGGAGGAUUAAGAAUCUGAUAAAUAACGAUAGAUAGGAGAUUAUCUGUUAGGUUGGUGUUUAGGUUUACAGUAGUUAAAACUCUUGGAUUGGGUACAUUUGGUUUAGUAAAAUUGGCAAUUCAUUCAAUAACUUAAGAGAAAGUAGCAAUUAAAAUCUUGGAGAAAUCUAAGAUAAUUGAUGUUGCAGAUGUGGAACGAGUGUCUAGAGAAAUACACAUAUUGAAAUUGAUAAGACAUAAACAUGUUAUUCAAUUAUAUGAGGUAAAAAUUAAAUUGAUAAACUAAGAUAAUUGAAACCAAGAAAUACAUAUUUUUGGUUAUGGAAUUUUGUGAUGGAGGAGAACUUUUUGAUUAUAUAGUAAAGCAUUAAAAGUAAUAAAUUGAAAUAUUAAUCAAAGAUUAUCUGAAAUUGAAGCAUGUAAAUUUAUUUAAGAGUUGAUCUCUGGAAUUGAGUAUAUUCAUAAACUGAAUAUAGUACACAGAGAUUUGAAACCUGAAAAUUUAUUAUUAGAUUAUUAGAAAAGUUUAAAAAUAGUGGAUUUUGGAUUAAGUAAUACAUAUAAAUAAGGUGAAUAAUUAAAAACAGCAUGUGGUAGUCCUUGUUAUGCAGCACCUGAAAUGAUAUAAGGAAACAAAUAUAAUUCUUUAUUAGUUGAUAUUUGGUCUUGUGGAGUAAUUUUAUUUGCAUCAAUUUGUGGUUAUUUACCUUUUGAAGAUGUAAAUACUUCAGCUUUAUAUAAAAAAAUAUUGAAUGGAGAAUAUCAAAUUCCAAAUUUUGUAUCACCAGAAGGUACUAGUUUUCUUAAAGGGAUUUUAAAUAUUAAUCCAGAAAAGAGAUUUAAUUUAGAAUAAAUAAAAUGUCAUCCUUGGUUUAAAUUAUAUAGAAGAUCACAUCCUAUUCCUCCAGGUAUAGUAAUUGGAUUUCAUAGAAUUCCUAUUGAUAAUAAUAUUGUAAUAUAAUUAAAAGAAAAAGGAUUUAAUGAAGAUUAUGUAAAAAUUUGUUUAGAUGCUAAUAAAUAAAAUAAUGUAACAACUUCAUACUUUUUAUUAAUUAAAAGACAUCUUAAAAGUGGAGGUAUAUCAACAGCAGAUAUUAAUUCUGUAUAUUUUGAUUAAAAAUUAUUAGAACCAAUUUAAAGGACUCAAAAAAGUAAAAAUAUGAAAUUAACUUAAAUAUAGGUCGUGCUCUUGGAUUUUUAGAUGAAUCUAUGUUAAAAACUUUGAAUUCUAAUAGAUCAUAAUCUAAUCAAAGUCGUAAAAAUAAAAAAAUGCAUACUUAAUAAAAUAGAGGAGGACAUUAUUAUAUAUAAGAAGAGAAAUUUAAUAAAUCAAUUUAAUUAAAAUAAUCUCACCGUUAAGAUAGUUUAGAUUCAGAUGAAGAAUUUAAUAAAUCUUAUUCUUAAAAUGUAACAUAAAAAACAAAAAAAUAAAAAGUUAGAACAGAAUCUAAUUAUAAUGCAGAUUCAUCAUUAAAUUAGACUACUAUGAUUGCUGGUAAAAGGUAAUCAAUUUCCCCUGCUAAUGCCAAUCUUAUUUUGUAAUAUAUUAGUAAUUCUUAUUUAAAUAUUAGAGCAAUAAAAAAAACUAACUCCAACAUCCAUUAGAAAUUCUUGUCAACAAAAACCUAAUUUAUUCUCUCUAAAUUAUUAAAGAAACAUUUAGACAAUUUAUGAUAAUGAUGGAUUAAAGAUUAUGAAUUCAAAUAAAUAAUAAACAAAUGAUUCUAAGAGAAAUGUAAAUAAUUAAUGGAUGCCCUAAACCUUAACAAAUCAUUAUUAAUUACUAUUAUAAUUGAAUUCAAGAAAAGGAUCUCGUGAUCUAAGUGCUCCUCAUUCAACCAAAUGUUCUAAUAAUCCAAAAAGUAAAUCAAUUAAUAGAUAAUUUUGA